CAGACAAAAGCAUCAAAACUACAUGACUCGGCUCUGGCCGGUCGAUUGAUCUGAGUGUUCCUCUAAUUGAAAGACCAGAUAAUACCAAUGAAACCGCGGUCACAAUGACCACACCGAGUACUACGCCUAAUAAAAGAGAUCAGGAGUCAUUUAUGACACUCAACGUAUCAGAUCCACAACAAGCAGCUCUACUACAACAGGCGGAAACGGCAGCAAAUCGUAUCUGUAAAGUAUUGAAAGUCAAUCAAGAAAAUGAAAGGCUUAUGGAAGAGUACGAACGUCUGGCCAGUGAUCUACUUGAAUGGAUCCGUCGCACCACUCCGUGGCUCGAAAACAAAACCACUGAUAAUAAGCUGUCAGCUGUACAGGAGAAGUUGGAAGAAUUCAGAGUUUAUCGCAGAGUCCAUAAGCCGCCCCGUGUCGAGCAAAAGGCUAAAUUGGAGACCAACUUCAAUACAUUGCAAACAAAACUACGUCUAAGCAAUAGACCCGCUUAUAUACCAACUGAAGGCAAAAUGGUUUCCGAUAUCGCAAACGCCUGGAAAGUACUCGAGUUUGCAGAGAAAGGCUUUGAAGAAUGGCUGUUGUCUGAAAUGAUGAGACUCGAAAGGUUAGACCAUUUGGCACAGAAAUUCAAGAAUAAAGCCGAUACACAUGAAGACUGGACAAAAGGCAAAGAAAAUAUGCUUCAAAGUCAAGACUUUCGCAAUUGUCGUCUGAAUGAAGCUAAGGCGUUGAAGAAAAAACAUGAAGCCUUUGAAUCGGAUUUGGCCGCACAUCAGGACCGAGUCAAGCAAAUUGCUGCCAUCGCUCAAGAAUUAAAUUCAUUGAAUUAUCACGACUCGACUACUGUGAACGCCCGGUGCAAACGCAUCUGUGAUCAAUGGGAUCGAUUGGGAACUUUGUCGCAAAAAGGAUCCGCAGCACUGGAAGAAGCCGAAUGUGUUCUUGAAAAAAUCGAUACGUUGCACCUGGAGUUUGCCAAAAGAGCCGCACCGUUCAACAAUUGGUUGGACGGCGCUCGCGAAGAUUUAGUUGAUGUUUUUAUUGUGCACACUGUAGAAGAGAUCCAAGGAUUAGUCGAAGCACACGAUCAGUUCAAACAGACUUUGGGAGAGGCAGACAAAGAGCACUCAGCUAUUAUAUCGCUUUCUCAAGAUGUACAGUCUAUCGCAACUCAAUAUCAGAUUCCCGGAGGAAUAGAAAAUCCGUACACAACAUUGACGGGACACGACAUCACUAUCAAGUGGAGCGAGGUUAAACAAUUAGUGCCAAAACGGUAUCAGACUCUUCAAAAUGAACACAUGAGACAACAGCGCAACGAAGGACUUCGUCGUAAAUUUGAAGAAAAGGCCAACGGAGUCGGUCCGUGGAUUGAACAGCAAAUGGAUGCGAGGGCAGCCAUUGGAAUGGGAAUGUCAGAAACUCUCGAAUACUUUUUAAGCAAACUCAAACAAUACGAGAAAACAGUUAACCAAUACAGACCUAAAUAUGCUCUUGAAGGGGAGAAUAAGGUCUCAACUGAUCAGAUCAAUGCUAAUGAUAUGCAACAAAUAGCUUCGGCCGUUAAUACCAACCCAUCAAAUACACCGCCACUUAAAAUAGCAAACAAUAGGGUUAACAUUGGCUCAACAUCAGAUCUAGCUCUGGCAGAUAUGUCUGAGGCCAACCAAAUGGCAGCACAUCUAAAGUUUAAUAAGCUAUCAAUGAGUAUGGAAUUUGUUGGAAUGGUUAACCCACCUAAUCAAUCGACGCCUUCACCCAGUCCUCCGCCAAACGAUGACCAAAACCUUUUUGCUAAUCAACAGAAGCUUAUGCAACAACAACAUCAACAACUGAAUGCAUACCAACAGAAGACAGUCCGGACUCGAAUCAGUGACGAACAGCUCAAAGUCCUCCGACAAUACUUUGAUAUCAAUAACUCUCCGACAGAAGAACAACUGCUAGAAAUGUCUGAAAAGUCAGGUUUGCCCCUCAAAGUUAUUAAACAUUGGUUCAGAAAUAUACUGUUUAAAAAGCGACAGGCGGCUAAACGCAAACUAUCGGAGGACGAGGGUUCGCACGAUUACUAUUCACUCAGUAGUAUUAGCCUCUCCAGUGAUCACCCGGAAGACAAGAGACUUCGCAUUACCGAAGUUCUCGGCAAUGUAUGCGAAGCUAAGGUAGGAGACCUAAAAGAGCGAUCGGAAGUUCAGUUCCGAGUGGUGGCCAUAAACAAAGCCGGACCGAGUGAACCAAGCGAUGCAACUAAAAUGCAUUACGUUAAACAUAGACGUCUUAAACCAUAUAUUGAUCGAACAAAUCUUGAGAUGAUUACUAUAAAACGGGGUAAACAAGUGAAACUCGAUGUCAAAGUUAGGGGCGAACCGCCGCCGGUUAUCAAUUGGAAACUCAUCGAUAAUGAAGUUAAAAGUGACGACAAUUAUGACAUCGUUGACGUUGACUACAAUACAAAGUUUACUCUCAAUGAUUGUCAGCGAAAACACAGCGGAAAAUAUAAAAUAAUAGCUGUGAAUGAGGUCGGAAAAGAUGAGGCAGAGGUCGAAAUAUGUGUGUUAAGUGCACCGACAGGACCUAAAGGACCGCUUAAAGUCGAUAACGUGACCGCAAAAGGUUAUGAUCUUCAUUGGCAGAAACCAGAGGAUGACGGCGGACGACCCAUUCAGGGAUAUGUCAUCAAAAAGUUGGAUCCAUUUACUGGCAGUUGGGUGCCGUGCGGUCGUACAGACAAAGACAAUACUGAUUUCCAGGUGACUGGCCUUCAGGCGGGAAAGUUCUAUCAGUUUAGAGUCAAAGCUAUUAACUCUGAGGGAGAGUCCGAACCUUUGUCUUCAACCGAACCGAUUUUAAAUAAGAAUCCGUACGAAUCGGCCAAAGCUCCAUCAAAACCAGAUAUUGUGGACUGGGAUGAGAAACACGUAGAUCUUGUAUGGAAACCACCUAAAAACGAUGGAGGUGCGUCCAUCACGGGCUAUAUUGUCAAAGUAAAAGAAAAGUUUAAUAAUAACUGGGAACCAGUUCUCGAAACUAAAUCAUCGAAACCCGAAGCAUGUGUUGCAAGUCUUAUAAAAGACAAAGAAUAUCAGUUACGUAUUAAAGCUGUCAAUAAGGCCGGAGCCGGUGGACCAACAAAUACUCAUAUUUGUAAAGAACGCCAUUUGAAGCCAACGAUUAAUCGCGAAAAUCUUCAGCCAAUCACUAUCAGAGCUGAAAAUAUGGCUAAACUGGACAUUGAGGUGUCGGAAGAACCGCCGCCGAAGAUUACGUGGAAACAUAAGGACUCGGAGUUGGGUUCGGGCGAAACAUAUACUAUUGAUAACAUUGACUACAACACAAAAUUCAAUCUAAUGAGAUCCACGAGAAAAGAGACCGGAAUUUAUACUAUAAUUGCUGAGAAUGUCAGCGGUAUAGAUGAGGCAACCGUUGAAAUUAAUAUACUUGGAAAACCACCCAAACCUAACGGUGCUCUCGAAGUGAGUGAUGUACACAAAGAGGGGUUUAAAUUGAAAUGGAAACCGCCCGAUGAUGACGGAGGACCUCCCAUUGAAUGCUAUGAAGUGGAGAAAAUGGAUGAAGAAACUGGUCGAUGGCUUCCGCGCGGUAAGGCUGAGGAUUGUCAGGUGCAAGUGUCAAAUCUGGUUCGCGGAAAAAAUUACAAGUUUAGAGUCAGAGCCGUCAACAAAGAGAGCGAUUCAGAUGAACUCGAGACGGAUCACUCAACUGUGGCUAAGAAUCUGUUUGGUGAGCCGUUGAAACCGGGACGACCCGAACCAAUUGGUUGGGACAAAGAUCACGUAGACUUGCAAUGGACUCCUCACGACGGCGGAGCGGCUAUUGACGGGUAUAUUAUUGAGAAACGCAAGAAAGGCAUUCAUAAAUGGCAUAAAGCGAAACAAACUCAUACUCCCAACACUAAGGUUACUGUUCCCAAUCUGGAAGAGGGAGAAGAGUACGAUUUUCGUGUGAUAACUGUCAACAAAGCCGGUCCGAACGAACCGAGCGGGACUUCACGCUCUGUCAUCUCUAAACCUCGAAGAUUAGCGCCGAUUAUUGACAGAACAAACUUAAAGCCAGUAAUCAUACAAGGCGGACAACCCGUCAAAUUUGAUGUCAACGUCAAGGGAGAACCGGCGCCGACUAUUCAAUGGACUUUCAAUGGCAAACCACUCAAGACUGAUGACACCCAUAGCAUCGAAACCGAACCAAACCAUACAUUAUUUAUGCUUUCAAAAUCCAAACGCAAAGAUACCGAAAGUUAUACCAUAACAGCUAAAAAUGAUUACGGAACCGAUGAGGCUGUUGUCGAAGUCAAGGUGCUGUCCAUACCAUCUAAACCUAAGGGUCCUCUCGAUAUCAGUGAUGUUCACGCAGAGGGCUGUCAUCUUAAAUGGGAUGAACCUGAAGGUGACGGCGGAGAACCCAUUACUGCUUAUGUCACCGAAAAGAUGUACACCGAUACUGGCGGAUGGAUUCCGGAUACCACAACACGUGAACCCGAAGCAGACAUCACUGGACUUACUCCAGGAAAGCCUAAUGUCAAAGAAUGGGACAAACAUCACGUGGAUCUGACCUGGAAAGCACCCGAUAAAAGACAAAUUCAGUACUAA